CUUCAUCCUACUAAUUGAAAAUGAAACCCGCCCACCAAUCGCAAACACAUCCACAACUUGAGGUUGGGUUUCUUCUUCAAACCUAGCACGCCACCAUGCAACUUAUGGCACCAAAAACACAAACUCAACAAGAAGUUCUAAAUUUUCACACCUUUAUGUGAAAAAACUUCAUCAAAUACCUCCAUGGAUUGUAUCUUGUUUCAGUAUCCACUAUUCCCUCACAUAGUCAUCAGCUCCAGUUUUCAUCGAUCUUUUGCAGCUCCUCAUAGUUUAGGACUUGGGCUGCAGUACAGGAACAAAUUGCUGAAUUCUGCUUACUGGGCUGUCGGAGUAUCUGGAGUUGGUGCUCAAAACUUGUCUGAUGAUAGUUCUCUGAGAGCAAAUGAAAAUGGUUCUCUGUUUGGUGCUUUAGAUGACUCUUCUUACGCACUGUUUGGGACAUUAGAUGCUAAAAUUACACCAGAAACAUCUGAUUUCUUUGUCAGUGAUGCCGAUGGUGAUCCUGAUUGUCCAUCUGAAGGCUUCUCUUCUAUCGACCAGGCACUUCAUACGCUACAACAAGGCAAAUUUGUGAUUGUUGUAGAUGAUGAAAAUGAGGGCACAGAAGGAAACCUUAUCAUGGCAGCAUCAUGUACAAGUUCCCGGGCUAUCGCAUUUAUGAUGAGGCAUGGAUCAGGGAUUGUUUCUGUAUGCAUGAAGGAGGAGGAUCUUGAGAGGCUAAGGCUCCCUCUAAUGUCACCUGAAGAGGAAAAUGAUUCCUCUUCUCCGUCUUUCACAAUCACAGUGGAUCUGAAAGCUGGCACGUCUACUGGGGUAUCGGCUUCAGACAGGGCAAAGACUGUCCUGGCUCUUUCAUCUCCAAAUUCCAAGCCAGAAGACUUCAGAAGGCCAGGUCAUGUGUUUCCCCUCAAGUACCGAAAUGGUGGGAUUCUAAGGAGAGCCGGGCAUACUGAGGCUUCUCUAGAUAUGGUUAUGCUUGCUGGUCUACGACCAAUUUCUGUUAUUUCAGCUAUUGUUGAUUCAGAUGAUGGUUCUAUGGCCUCUAUGUCUAGUUUAAGAAAGUUGUCGUUGGAACACAGCAUUCCGAUUGUUACAAUCACUGAUUUGAUCAGGUAUAGGAGAAAAAGGGAAAAGCUGGUUGAAAAAAGUGCCAUUUCGCGUUUGCCAACUAAAUGGGGUCUGUUCCAGACAUAUUGCUAUCGCUCAAAGCUAGAUGGAACGGAGCAUGUAGCCCUUGUAAAGGGAGACAUUGGAAAUGGACAAGAUGUCCUAGUAAGGGUUCAUUCCGAGUGCUUGACUGGGGAUAUAUUUGGUUCAGCUCGGUGUGAUUGUGGCAACCAGUUAGAUUUGGCGAUGCAAAUAAUUGAGCAAGCUGGAAGAGGAGUUGUUGUUUACCUUCGAGGUCAUGAAGGACGAGGCAUUGGCCUUGGUCACAAGCUUCGGGCCUAUAAUUUGCAAGAUGAAGGUCAUGACACAGUCGAAGCCAAUCUAGAACUCGGAUUUGCUGCUGAUGCAAGAGAGUAUGGAAUUGGUGCCCAGAUACUAAGAGAUAUAGGAGUUCAAACAAUGCGGCUGAUGACUAACAACCCUGCCAAGUUCACCGGUCUGAAGGGGUACGGCUUGGCUGUUGUUGAGCGCGUACCUGUCCUUACGCCCAUUACAGAGGAAAACAAGAAGUACUUGGAAACAAAACGUACUAAGAUGGGUCAUGUAUAUGGAUCUGAUAUUCAAGGACCAUUAGCCGGAUUCAUCAAUCCAAAUGUAACUAACACAGCUCCACAACAAGGAGUGCAAAAGCUCGAAUGAUACUCGCACAUUUUAAAUUUGAGACAGGCAACUCUCUUCUUUACGAUAUAGAAUUUCAUUUUUUCAGUUUAUUUUCCUUGUUACAGAUUUUUUCGAUUUGUAUAUACUUGCAGAGAGCAAUCCAUUCAUAAAAAAGCAUAAUUGCAAUCUAAACACUUGCAGGCGCUUAUGAAAUGGUGCUGAUAUUCUCUCGCAAAAUGUGUAGUUCUGGAUACAUGAAAUUUAUAGAGAUCUCUCAGCUUUGAUGUUCAAAGCAGCAUUUACUUUGCUCA